GCAUAACAUUUGAAUUUCCACAAAGCGCUCUACAGAGCGUUAAGAUACAAUGACCUCCACCCUCAUUGACGCGCUUAAACAUGUGCAGAUUCAAGGGGAUGCACUAUCAGAACGAGGUUCGGACUAUAUCGACUCAAUAUUAGACGAAACACGGCCACGAAAGAAGGCGAAGCAAACAUCGAAUCACCAAAAAAACGAGCUUCAAGAAGCUCUUCUCGGUCCCACCACGACUUUUGAUCCAUAUUGGCUGAAUAAAUUGCAGCAGCAUUGGCAUGUCGAUAAUAAUUACCAUGAUCUCUUCCAACUGUCCCCCACCCAGACGCGGAGUAUCAUUCGGUUUGCCAGAGAGGGCUUAGAAGGUCGUGUUACUGGAUAUAAUGAGGUCACAGUUCCUGCGAAUAGCGCAACGGCUAAAAACUCCACAUCUUUGCUACGCAAACCAGCAAGCCGUGCAAAUUUUGUGCGAGGCGCUUCCGGGUUUUUCCCAUUUACACCAGGAGGCAUUGAGGGUGUGGAAGCCAUCAGUGCUGUCGAGGAGCAGCAACUGCAGCUUGAUAUCAGUGUGAAAGAAGGCAAAAAGUCGCUGGACAAAAUCAUCAGUUUUACGAACGACGAUGGUCUCUUACAAAUACCCCCUGGGUUUUCGCGAGGACUGGAUUUUACUCAGUCUCGAAAUAAGGAUGGAGAUGAAAAAGACAAGACGCUAGCGGCAAUCGUGGAUGAGCCAAGUGUACAGCUUGCAACCAAGGCAAACGGCGCGACACCUGAGGGGCAUCAAGAUUCUGAGAGAUUGGACGGAGUUGUCGAUACAGUUAAUGAAGCGGAGGACGAUAUCGAUUCAUUGCUUCCCAGAGAGUUUGCCGCAUUCGAGCCACGUGGACAGCUUUCUUUCUCCGCCUCAAAGCGGGUUGGCAAAGAGUGGGCGCACAUGGUCGAUGUGAAUCGGGAAGUCGAAAAUUUCAGAGAGCUGGUUCCUGACAUGGCACGAGAAUGGCCGUUUGAACUUGAUACUUUCCAGAAAGAGGCCGUGUAUCAUUUGGAGAACGGAGACUCGGUCUUUGUCGCCGCGCAUACGUCUGCAGGAAAGACAGUCGUCGCCGAGUAUGCCAUAGCUCUGGCCGCAAAGCAUAUGACGAAGGCCAUAUAUACUUCUCCGAUUAAGGCCUUAAGCAACCAGAAAUUCCGAGAUUUCCGGCACACUUUCGAUGAUGUCGGCAUCCUGACUGGCGAUGUGCAGAUUAACCCGGAAGCGAGCUGUCUCAUUAUGACUACGGAGAUUCUGAGAAGCAUGCUUUAUCGAGGCGCGGACUUAAUACGAGACGUUGAAUUUGUCAUUUUUGAUGAGGUGCAUUACGUUAAUGAUUUAGAACGAGGUGUGGUUUGGGAAGAAGUCAUUAUAAUGCUUCCAGAACAUGUUACCUUGAUCUUGCUAUCGGCCACCGUUCCCAAUACCUACGAGUUUGCCUCUUGGGUGGGGAGAACAAAGAAGAAAGACAUCUAUGUCAUCUCUACGCCUAAGCGACCAGUCCCACUAGAGCACUAUUUGUGGGCAAAUAAAGCAAUGUAUAAGAUUGUGGAUGCCGACAAGAAGUUCCUGGAGAAGGGUUGGAAGGACGCCAACGAUACACUCUCAGGUAGAGACAAGAUCAAAACUCCCAGCGCCAACGAGGCGACUGCUGGUAAUCGUGGUGGAAGUUCCCAAAGAGGAAGUCGUGGUCAGAGUCAGCGAGGGGGGCCUCAGCAACGAGGUCGCGGACAAGCUUCACGGGGGCCAGGUAAUAUUGCUCGGACAGGACGGGGAGGAGGACGAACAACAGCUGCUCAAGACCGUAACAUUUGGGUACAUUUAGUGCAGCACCUGAAAAAGAUGGAUCUUCUCCCAGCUUGCGUUUUUGUCUUCUCGAAAAAGCGAUGUGAGGAGAAUGCGGACGCCUUAUCAAACCUCGAUUAUUGCACUGCCUCAGAAAAGAGUGCAAUUCAUAUGAUCAUUGAAAAGUCAAUCGCACGAUUGAAACCUGAAGAUCGCGUGCUACCCCAGAUCCGCCGACUGAGAGAGCUUUUGAGUCGAGGCAUUGCCGUGCACCAUGGCGGCUUACUGCCCAUCGUCAAAGAGCUUGUCGAGAUUCUCUUUGCUAAAACGCUGGUCAAGGUGCUCUUUGCCACCGAAACUUUUGCCAUGGGUCUUAAUUUGCCAACACGCACCGUCGUGUUUUCUGGAUUCAGAAAACAUGACGGCAGAUCGUUUAGGGACUUGCUACCCGGCGAAUACACCCAGAUGGCAGGUCGUGCGGGUCGUCGCGGUCUUGACUCAGUCGGGUCGGUCAUAAUUGUUGCUCCAGGAAGCGACGAAGCACCUCCUGCAGGAACGUUGAGACAAAUGAUUCUGGGUGAUCCGACGAAGCUUCGCUCGCAAUUCAGACUGACCUACAAUAUGAUUUUGAACCUUCUUCGGGUGGAAGCUUUGAAGAUUGAGGAGAUGAUCAAGCGAAGCUUUAGUGAAAACGCCACUCAAGCCCUUCUUCCUGAACAUGAGAAGCAGAUGAAAUUGUCCGAGGCUGACCUGGCUAAAAUCAAGAGGGAACCAUGCGAGGUUUGCGAUGCAGACUUGGUUGAAUGUCACGAGUCCGCAAUGGCUUUCAAGCAUCUCACCUCAGAGCUUCACCUUGGCCUGUUGGCCUCUCCCGUGGGCAGAAGGAUGUUUGCACCUAAGAGACUCGUUGUAUAUACUAGAGACGGAGCUCGUGCGGCAGGAAUUUUGCUGCGCGAAGGAAUUGGUAAAGGGUUUGCUCCUACUGUCCAAGUCUUGGAACUUGUUGCUCCUCAAUCCCGAAGCCCAUGCAAUCUACUUCCUUACCUUCCAAACUUCAGAGAACUUUUUGCAGACUUGCCAGAUUCCGUUCCCAUUUCAUCAUUAACACAGUUCUCGAUCCCGCUUAGUGACAUAGAGGCGAUAACGAGAACAAUUCUGAAGGUUGAUCUUUCUGGAGUUCUGAGACAUGAGCCAGAUGCACUUGCUGAUAUGCAAGAGGAAUUGUCAAAGAUAAUGGGGUCAUGGAGCAUGCCGGAAUGGGACGAGCUAGACUGGGAGCGAAUCAAGGACCUCCAGCUUCGGGAUGCCAUCGAUCGGCGACGACAUUCCGGCAUUUCUGCCCAAGAGCGACUUUCCUUGAGCUGUCCCAAUUUCAUCAAGCACUUCUCGAUGCGUCAUGAUGAAUGGCUCGUUACGCAGAACAUUUCACAUCUACGACAGCUCAUGUCGGAUCAAAAUUUGCAAUUGCUGCCAGACUACGAGCAAAGAACUGCAGUCCUUAAGGAUUUGGGAUUCAUCGAUGAAUAUUCAAGAGUGCAAUUGAAGGGGAAAGUUGCAUGCGAGAUCCACUCUGCGGAUGAGCUUGUCUUGACCGAGCUCGUCCUCGAAAACGUGCUUGCAGAUUACGAGCCAGAAGAGAUAGUUGCCCUUUUGUCCGCCUUUGUUUUCCAGGAGAAGACCGAUGUUACACCAACCUUGACACCCAGCCUGGAACGGGGCCAGAAAACGAUUGUUGAGAUCUCGGAAAAGGUCAAUGCCUUCCAGACACAUCAUCAGGUCAUCCUGUCGAGCGACGAUUCGAACGAUUUUGUGAGCCGUCCACGGUUUGGAUUGGUAGAGGUGGUCUACGAAUGGGCCAGAGGCAUGUCUUUUAACCGUAUCACGGAUCUUACAGACGUCCUCGAGGGCACCAUUGUCCGGGUUAUUACCCGUCUGGAUGAGACAUGCCGUGAGGUCAAAAAUGCGGCUCGGAUCAUUGGCGAUCCGACACUCUUCACCAAGAUGCAAGAGUGUCAGGAGAUGAUUAAGCGGGACAUCACCGCCGUAGCAUCGCUAUACAUGUGAAUGGAGCCCAAGGUGCUGAGACGGACUGAUUAAUUCUGUCUCGGUCACGGGCCUCACGUGGCUUUGUAGAUAUCGUGGGGUGUUUCGGUGGCUUUAAUCGGAUCUCAGCCGAAGCGCAUCCCCGCACGUGUAAAUAUUCCCACAUGGCAUAAUGCCACCUUUUUUUUUUUUUUAUUGAACAGAAGCGC